AUGACCUGCAUGGACUCGAGUUACGCCAUGAAGACUGUGUCGUCGUGCACGCACUCUAUCGUCCUGGCCUCGGGGACUCUGAGUCCGAUGUCGUCGUACGAAAAGGAAUUGGGCGUCUUCUUCACUCACAAGGUGUCCGCCAAGGAACACGUCGUGUCCAAGCGUCACGUCUUUGUCCGUAGGAUCUCGCAUUCGCUCAAGGGUGACAAAGAGUUUUACAUGAAUUACAGCGCAUGCCAGAACGAAGAGCUACUCAAGGCCGUAGGUUCCGUCGUCUACGAGUCGACCAAGAUCCUGAAGAAAAACGUCGGCGAAACAAAGGCUGGCGUCCUGUGCUUCUUCCCUUCUUACAAGCUACUUCACACCUGUCGAGACGUGUGGCGCAAAGUGCCUCUAUGGGCCAAGUUGGUCAAGGUGGUCGGCGGGCAUCUGUUCUUGGAAGAUUCUGAAAACUCGGACCUCUUGUUCGAUAGGUACAAGACUGCGUUGAUUGACGGAGAGCCCGGCACGGUGGCCCUGUUUCUAGUCGUGCACAGAGGAAAAAUGAGCGAAGGCGUCGACUUCUCCGAUUCGCUGGCUCGACUCGUCGUAUCCGUGGGGUUACCCUAUCCGUCGUAUCACAGUCCGGACGUAAAGGUCAAGGUCGAGUUUAACCGCAGCAGGGGCGGAGACGGGGACGAAUGGUAUAAAACGCAGGCGAUGCGAGCGGUUAACCAGUCCGUGGGACGCUGCGUACGUCACGUGAACGACUGGGGGGCCGUCCUAUUGCUCGACAGUAGGUAUUUUAGACCCGACGUUUGGAGCGAUUUAUCGCAUUGGGUCCAGGUCUGCGAAGACGAGUCGUCCACCUUCAAAGACACGAAGAAAUCUUUGCUCGAGCUAAACUCGUUUUUGAACGGUCGUCUAUGA